GGCUCAAGAGGAAGUGAAUUCAACAAAUUGUGUGGUUGGUGGGUUUCAAAUCAUACACACAUAUAGAUAAAUGACUGGAUUUUAACUUUAUAGCAUCUCAACACGUGUCAUUAGCCGUUUGCUUGUUUCAGAGCAGACUCUGUAGCUGACGUUAGAUGACCUCUCCAGCGGUGAUACACACAUUUAGAGAGAUUUAGCUAACGUCACGGAACCAGGAUAUUAAACGCAGCACAAGCCAGUAGCGGAAACACUGAUGUUGAUUAAAAAGAGAGGCCAUAGGUGUGUGAUAGCUUCCAGCAUGGCCUCAUUAGUCUUGCUCAUGAUGGUGCUGUACGGAACCAUUGGCACCCAGCAGCAGCAAGGCAGCUUCAGCCUCACACAUGACUACCAGCUGCUGGGAAGACCCCUGUACAAACUGGACCUGAGCUGGCCGAGGAACCCAGAGCUCUUCAUCGGGGAGGUGUUUGGAGUGGCUCUCGACCAGUUCGCUGGUGUGGUGUAUGUGGCACAGAGAGGAGACAAUGUGCCCAAGGUGCUGUUGUUCACCACAGAUGGAGAUUUCCUCAUGCCGUGGAACACAACCACACUGGAGAUGCCUCAUGGGAUAUUUUUAGCAGAUGCAGCCUCAUCAAACCCUACUGUGUGGAUCACUGACGUGGGGAAUGGCCCGUACGGCCACUGCAUCAAACAGUACUCGCCAUCUGGGAAGCUCCUUCAGGUGCUUGGUACACCAGGGAAGGCAGGCUCUGGGUUGAACCCUUUGCAGUUCGACCAACCAGCUGAGAUCUUCGUCCACAGCUCUGGUGAAAUGUACAUCGUGGACGGUGAUGGUGGAAUGAACAACCGCCUCAUCAAGCUGUCUAAAGAGCAGGAAGUGUUGUGGAUACACGGAGAGAAAGGACAAGGCCUGGCUCAGUUCUACAUCCCCCACAGCGUGACUGUUGACAAUGCCCAAAGGGUGUGGGUGGCCGACAGGGGCAACAAGAGGAUCCAGGUCUUUAACUCCAUCACUGGGGAAUGGCUAGGCACAUGGGGGAGCUGCUUUACAGAAGAUGCCCCCUACUCAGUACGCCUGACCCCAGACAAGAAGUACUUUGUUGUUGUCCAGCUCAACACCAAUCAGAUUUCGCUACUGGAUGCACCACCAGUGGGUUUAAUUGGCCAGUGCAGAGUGGUGAGUGUGAUCCAGUUGGCUGAUGAUGUGAAGCCCCACCUGGUAGACCUUGACCUAAAGACUGGGGCCCUGUAUGUGGCUGAGAUUGGAGCCCAGCAGGCUCAGAAAUUCACCCCCUUCAGUCUGCGUGGCGGUUUCCUGUAGAGCCACACUGGGCUUUAGGGAAGAAUGGAACUGGAAUGAUUAAUCAAUGAUCCAAUCAUAUGCAUAACCAAUUACUUAAAAACAGACAGAAAAUGUUCACAUGUAUUAUUAUGUAAUUUUGCAAUAAUGCAAUCCAGAAACCCUACAGAUAAGGUAUCUAAGGUUAAGACAAUUUACGUUUUUUUAUAAUACUAGUUUGCCCAGCCCCAGAAGAUGCUUCAAAACGUUAUGGAUGUUUUGACAGUGCAGACGGUCACUGCCAUUUGUCCCCAUAUGCCCACCGCAUACCUGGACUACGAUGGGUUUUGUUGUACUUGGGUGGUGUGCACAUGUAGAACGCGUGAAUAACGAGUGAGUAACAAUAGGUAAUAAAAAUCUAUCUAACUUAA